GUGAGCCCCACGUGCCUCCAGGCGGCGGUCUGCACGCCAUGGCGGCGACGGUCGAGCAGAUGAGGGAGCUGGCGGAUCGGCUGCUGGCGCUGGAGAGAGACAAUGCACAGAUGGUCGAGGAGCUUCGACGUGUGAGGCAAGAAGGACCUCACCAGCAGAUCGUGGAAGCAUUCAGGGAAGCAUUAGAAGAGACCCGAGGUCGAAGGUCAGGCGGCAGCCUCAUCGACACGAAAGGACUCAACAAGCCGUCGGUGUUCUCAGAUGAUGAGUCGUCAUUCAUUACAUGGUCGAGGAAGCUGGAGAACUUCGUGGCCAACGUAUACCGAGAGGCAAGAGAGCUGCUCGCCAUUGCAGCAGAGCAGGUGGAGUCGGUCACAUAUCAAGCGCUGCAAGGAGAUGAUCUUCAGAACCCGAGGAUCGGCCAGGAGAUGCUCGAAGAGAUCGACGAUCAAUUGUACGUAGUGCUCUCGUCGCUGACUGACGGCGAGGCUUUCAAUAUCACGGUAUCGGCAGGGAGCGGCAACGGAUUCGAAGCAUGGAGGCGCUUGAAUAGGCGCUUCGACCCCAUCACAGCAGGCAGAUCUAGGAGCAUCCUCCGCAGCAUCAUGGACCCAGGCAGGGCGAAGUUGCAGGAUCUCCAAGCGGCCAUCGAGAGGCUGGAGGAGCUCAUGAGGAGGUACGAGAGCCGAAAGGACACUGCAGGCCAGCGCCGCACGCUCGCCGAGGACAUUAAGAUGGCGGCGCUGGAGGCCAUGCUCCCGGAUGAACUGGAGCGGCAUGUGCAGAUGAACAAGAAUCGCAUUACUUCCUAUGCCCUGAUGCGUGAGGAAGUGACCACAUAUGCAGAGAGCCGCGCCGGUGUCAUGACUAAGGCAGCGGCUAAGCCCCCGUCCAAGCCCGUCGCCGUGGACCCGGAUGCCAUGGACACCAGCGCCCUCUGGCGCGACACUGGCAAGGGCAAGAAGGUUGAAUGGAAGGGCAAGGGCAAAGGCGACAGCAAGGGCAAGGGCAAGGACGGGAAGAGUAAAGGUAAGGGAUCCAGCUCCAAGGGUGGCAAGCAGUCCGGCAAGAAGGGAGUCACGAACGACGGCUACGGCUCCGCCAAGCAGAUGUGCUGGAACUGCGACAAGCCCGGUCACCUCGCGAAGGACUGCUGGGCGCCACCUCGAGGACAAGGCAAAGCAGGAGGAAAGCAAGGAGGCAAGACGAGUAAGGAUUCGAAGAAUGGCUCGAAGGGAGGCCAAGGGAGCCUAGACUACGAGCCAGAGCAAGAACGUGACGUCGGUGCUCUGGAAAUGUGCUGCUUGGACUCGAAGCAUGAUGAGUACUUACAGUUGGCGAGCUUCGAGGAGUCCGGCAAGGACAAAUGGGUCCGAAUGAACUUCGACACGGGUUCCGCGAAGACGGCCUUCCCUCUCGAGAUGGAUUGCGGCAAAGCUAUGAAGACGGAGAGUGUCCUCAACUUCAGGACCGCCACCGGGGAGAUCAUCAACAGUACGGAGGGCUACGGUAUUCGUGGCUUCACGGAGCACCAGCAGCUGCUGAAAUUCAAGGGCGUGAAGGCGCCCGUACACAAGGUGCUCCUCAGCGCGGGAGAUGUCACAGGAGCAGGGAACGAUGCAUUCCUCAUGGGCGACUUCGGUUACAUCAUCCAUGGGAACUCCCCGGUGCACGCAGAGCUGAGGGCCGCGUUCAGAGAGAUCGCGGCACGGCACAGUUAUGAAGGCAUCGUCACCAUGUACAAGGAAAGGAACGUGUACAACCUCUACGUGAACGUGAAUAAGGACGAGGAAGGCGGGCACGACCUGUGCCCCUACGACGAGGGCCAGCCGGGUGAUGAAGAGAUGCAGGCAGAGGAUGAAGCUGUGGAGCAGGAGGUGCCGAAGCAACCUCACCGAGUGAAAGCUCCAACGAGAGAGGAGGUAGAAGAUCACGAGUCCAGCGGCCAUGCUGUGUACCGCACCUGGUGCCGGCACUGCGUCGCUGGGAAAGGUCAGCAGCACCCGCACCUGAAGCAGACAGAGGAGAGCUUGGAGGUGGAAGCGUGCUUCGACUACGGCUACAUGGGCAGGCGUGCUGAGGAGUGCGCGCCGAUUAUCUGUGCGAGAGAGACGGGCCAAGGAAGUUACGCAGCCACGACGGUGCCCACCAAGGGAGCGGCACCAUACGCCAUCGCGUACCUGGUCGGCUGGUUGAAGGGCCUUGGCUACAAGAGGAUCAUAUUCAGGUCGGACAAUGAGCACGCGCUGCUGAAGCUGCUGGACAAGGUCUCAGAGAAUCUCAUGGGCGUGGAGUGCGUGCCUCGCACAUCGCCUGAAGGGGACAGCCAGGCCAACGGGAGAGCAGAAGCAGCGGUCAGGGAGAUCAAGAACCAGUGCCGAGUGCUGAGGAGCGAGCUGCGCGAGAAGUACGGGAAACCUAUCCCAGAGAAGAGUUCGCUGUUCACGUGGCUGCCAAGGUUUGCGGCCAACUGCGUGAACCGCUACAGGCUCGGCAAAGAUGGCAGGAGCGCAGAACAUAGGCGUUCCGGCAGGAGAUGGAAACGCCCGGCGGUCAACUUCGGCGAGAAGGUGAUGUACCGCCCGGCAGGGGCGGUCAAGAGCCAAGCGAGCUUGGAGGACAGGAUGAAGAUGGGCAUCUACGUCGGGCAUCACGAACGAUCUGGCGCUUCGAUGUUCAUCACGGAGGGAGGUAUGGUUCGAGGAGUCGGUAUUCAUAGACUUCCUGCAGGUGAUCGAUACGACGUGGACUACCUGAUGAAGUGCAAGGGAUGCCCAUGGGCGCCUUCUGAGCGCGGCACCACGGACAAGCCGAUGGUGGGCGCUGCGGAUGGGCCAGAGGUGAUUGAGAUGCCGCAGCCAGCGGUGACCGCGGCAGGAGGGUCCGCGGCAGCAGGAGGAGGAGACGCGCGUGCCAGUACGGAAGAUCCGAGCUCGGGCGCGGCGUCGUCAAGAGGUGCAGCUGGAGAGGCUGCAAGGGCAUCCCAGCUUGGCAUGAGGAAGAAUUUCUACGUUAUGAGGGCUGAUAUCGAGAAGUACGGCACCACCGCGAGCUGCGCGGCGUGCAGGAAGAUGCUGGACGGCCAGCAACCCACGACAGGGCACAACAAGGAGUGCCGCGACAACAUCCUGAAGAAGCUGAAGGAGGAAGGCUCUCAUGAAGCAAGUGUGAGAGUCAGCGCUCACGAGUCGAAGGUGGGCAGACCGCAAGGUGAAGCGGUAGAGGACCUGAGGGCCAAGAGGGCGCGGGUCGAGCAGGAGGAGCGACCCGCGCAGGAGGUGGCAGGCGAGCCGCCUCAAGAAGAUCUGGAAGAGGGACCCGUUCAAGGAAGCGAGGUCAGGAGGCUUGAGGAGGUGCGGAGGCGCGCCGACAGGCGAAUACGAGAGGCGCUCACUGGCGGUGAGACGCAGGGAUCGCCUGCGGCCAAGGCACGCCUGUCCGCGCCUAGAGGAGUCAAGAGAGAUGGAGGCGAGCCGGGAGACGCGGCUCGAGGUGACGGAGGACACGUUGACGAUGACGUGGAGCUGCCGGCAGGGACCGGCGCGGGAGGCGCAGCAUCGAGCAGCUCUGGCGGAGGAGCCCCGGCGGCGUCCAGUGGAGGAGACCCGACGGGAGCACCCACUGAUGCGGAUGCCGGAGCCCUCAGCUGCGAGAAGAUCAAGAUGGUCCCAGCCGUCGCGAAGAGGCUCAAAGAAGCAAUGCGGUAUCACGAGCUGGAUGCCAGUGAGGAAGAGAUAGCGAGCAUGGCCAUCUGCCUAUGCUCGCUUGCGGCGGUGGACGUGGCCGAGAUCUACACACCUCCGAGGUUUACCCCCAGUGCGGCCAGCUACGGGAUGAGGCCAGGGUUCUGCAUCGACCUCACCACCGUCAAAGCCGAUGGGCAGCACUGGGAUCUCGCCAAGGAGGAGGACCAGAAGGAGUUCGAGAAGCUUCAGGCGAAGGAGGAGCCGAAGCUUUUGAUCGGCUCACCACCGUGCACAGACUACUGCCCGUUGCUCAGGCUCAGUCAUAGCAAAGAGGAGGUGGACGAGAGGAGGCGUGUCGGUGGUGACACGCACAUCAGGGUGUGCGCUGCCGGCUACAAGAGGCAGCUGGAGGCCAACGCUUACUUCCUGCACGAGCAUCCGAGGCACGCGGCCUCGUGGAAGCUCAAGGAGAUGGAGGAGUUGGCGGCGGACCCGCGCGUCUUCAAGGUUCACGGGCCGAUGUGCAACUGGAACCUGCGCGCGGAGAGCAAGCACGGCGAGACAGGGUACAUUCGCAAGGAGACGACCUGGCUGACGAACUCGGUGGAGCUUGCCAAGACGUUGCGAGGGGUAUGCGCGAACUACCGAGGGGGUCCGAUGCACCGGCACUUGCACUUGAUCGGAGGUGAGCGCGUGAAGGCGGCGGCCAGCUAUACACCGGAGCUGGUUCGGGGAGUGCUGCGAGCGUUCCGGCGCCAGCUCACGCGGGACAAUGACGAGUAUGUCCAGCACAGCUUUGACGCGGGGCCGGUGCCAGACAAGACACUCUGGUGGGACGAGCCGGAGAGUUACGAGGAGGUCGAGAAGGCCUGGGACGACAUCAACCAGGAGGAGCUCGACGCGAAGGAGGUCAAGAAGGCCAGGCAGGAGGAGAUGCAGUGGGUGAAGGACAUGAAGGUGUUCAAGACGGUCCCGGAGGCCGAGUGUUACGAGAAGCAGGGCAAGCCGCUGACGAUGAGAUGGAUUGAUACCCGCAAGGUGACUGGAAAGUAUCGCUCAAGGCUGGUUUGCAGGGAGAUCAAGCGUGCCAAGAAGGUCGAGGACAGGCUCGACCCGGCGGAGGUCUUCAGUGCCAUGCCUCCGAUUGAGAGCCUCAAGAUGCUGAUUAGUGAAUGGAUGACACUGGAUGACGGGCACGACAUCAGAGACUUCGUGAUGGCAACAUUCGACAUCUCUCGAGCACACUUCUCGGCAGAGCAGAACAAGAGAGAGGUAUAUGCGACGCUGCCAGAAGGCUUCGAGAAGGAGGGGCACGUCGCGAAGAUGCUGAAGGCUAUGUACGGGACCGAGGAUGCGGCCCACCUCUGGGGCGAGACCUGGGCGGGCCAGCUGGAGAAGCACAAGGUCCGCGUCGGCACGGCCUCGAGAGCUCUGUUCGCAAACGAGAAGUACAAAGGAUUAUGCCACGGCGACGACUUCGUGGUCCUAUGCAAGAGGAGCAACGUCGAGGAGUUCAAAGGCAUUCUGAGUGAGAAGUUCGAUGUGAAGUGUGGCGCGAUCAUCGGUUUUGCGGAGAAGGACGACAAGAUCAUGGCCAUCCUCAACCGGGAGGUAAGAAUCAACGACGUUGAGCAGUGCGUGGAGCUCGAGGCGGACAAGAGGCACGUGCAGAAGUUGCUGAAGGAGUUGGGCCUGGAGAAGUGUAGUAUCGUGACCACGCCGAGGGUGAAGCUCACCUUGGAGGAGGUGCAGGCCCAUGAGAGUAGUCCUCUGCUCAGCCCUGCAGAGGCCACCAAGUACAGAUCAGCGACGAUGAGGUUAAAGUACGUGGACCAGGACCGCAUAGAUAUUACUGAGUCAGUCAAGUGCUUGGCGCAGCACAUGUCGGCACCGCGUGAGGGACACCUUACAGAGUUGAAGAGGCUCGUGCGGUAUCUCCGCGGUGCACCCUACGAGAAGCUGAUCUACAAGGCCCAGGAGCACGGGAACAUCGAGUGCUACGUCGACUCCGACUGGGCCGGGAACCUCAAGGACCGGAGAAGCACGUCUGGCAUGCUACUCUUCAGAGGCUCCCACCUGCUGCGGAGCAGCAGUACAUUGCAAUCGAUCACAGCACUGUCCAGCGCAGAGGCGGAGUAUUACGCGGCCACCAAGGGUGCCGCGUACGCUCUGGGCACCAGGAGCUACUUCCGCGACAUCGGACGCGAGCUGGACGUCACGGUUCAUACAGACUCAAGUUCAGGCCGCAGUUUUGCGUCCAGGCGCGGGCUCGGCAAGAUGAGACAUAUCUGCACGAGGUAUCUAUGGUUGCAAGAGCAGAUCUCAGGGAAGGCGCUCAAGCUCUUGAAGAUUGCUGGGACAUCGAACCCAGCCGACAUCAUGACGAAGCAGCUGCCCGUCAAAGACAUGCACCGCUACAUGUACGAAGCGGGGCAACGGCGCAGUGAGCAG